UCAACAGGUGACGUCAUUUUUAUAACUGCGCAGCGUUAGGCCGGAAGGAAGUGGGUGUUAGCCGUGUUAGCUGACUGACGUUAGCAAGCUACAACUACGAAGUCUGUUGCGGGUUCUAUGGAAGAGAUGUCAGGAGAGAGUGUGGUGAGCUCGGCAGUGCCAGCAGCUACGACACGGACCACAUCUUUCAAGGGCUCCAGUCCAAGCUCUAAAUAUGUGAAGCUAAAUGUGGGCGGUGCACUGUAUUACACUACAAUGCAGACACUAACUAAACAGGACACAAUGCUCAAGGCCAUGUUUAGUGGCAGGAUGGAAGUCCUCACUGACAGUGAAGGUUGGAUCUUGAUCGAUCGCUGUGGAAAACAUUUUGGUACAAUCCUGAACUACCUUAGAGAUGGGGCAGUGCCACUCCCAGACAGCCGACGAGAAACAGAGGAGCUCCUUGCCGAGGCCAAAUACUACCUUGUCCAAGGCCUGGCUGAUGAAUGCACAGCUGCCUUGCAGAAUAAAGAGACGUAUGAACCUCUUUGCAAAGUGCCUCUGAUGACAUCCUCUAAGGAAGAGCAGAAACUUAUCGCAACGUCUAAUAAGCCGACCGUCAAACUGCUGUAUAAUAGAAGCAACAACAAAUAUUCUUACACCAGCAAUUCUGAUGACAAUAUGCUGAAAAACAUUGAACUGUUUGACAAGCUGUCAUUGCGGUUCAAUGGCAGAGUCCUCUUCAUCAAAGAUGUGAUUGGGGACGAGAUUUGUUGCUGGUCAUUUUAUGGCCAAGGGCGUAAGAUUGCUGAAGUGUGCUGCACUUCCAUUGUUUAUGCCACUGAAAAGAAGCAAACAAAGGUUGAGUUCCCAGAGGCAAGAAUUUAUGAAGAGACCCUCAAUAUUCUCCUGUAUGAGUCCCAUGAUGGGAGAGGUCCAGACAAUGCCCUGUUAGAGGCUACAGGGGGUGCUGCAGGACGAUCUCAUCACCUGGACGAGGAUGAAGAGCGAGAACGAAUUGAGCGAGUUCGUAGGAUUCAUAUCAAACGACCGGAUGACCGCACACACCACCACCAGUGACCUUUCCUCCCAGGACCACUCAGCCUGUGUCUUUGACCCUCGACAGUCUUUGUACCACGCUUGUGCCUUACAACACCCAACGCCUCUCUUUUUCACUUCCACUUUUUUUUUUCACCACCAGCUUUCACAAGGAGAAUACUAUGAGAUGAGUGUCAUGCAAUAGUGUGUAGUGGUGAAGUGAUGGUGUGCGUUUGUUUGUCCGCUGGUCCCUUUGUUGUGUGCACUCUUACAGACAGUAGUUGUUUGUUCUGUUUGUUAGUCAUGAUACUGUGUCUUGCUACCACUGAGGUCCAGAGUCAUGCAUGUUUGCAGUCAUUCCUGCAGGUGGCGACAACGGUUUCACCAAGUAUAUGAACAAAAAUGUGUUGUCAGUAUAACUUUUUAAUUUGAGGUCCUAUUUACAUCACAACCAGGAGAACAAUAAUUAUAUAACCUAAGCAGCUACAAAUGUAUGUUAAUUUUUGUUUCUCCUCAUUGUGGAUUCUUGUAUGGAAGGGGCCUUUCUAAGGUCAUCAGUGAGUGAAGUGUGUGUUGUAUUCAACAGGGCCACUUGGGGGCACUGUUUUAUUCUUAGAAGGUGUUACCAAGGCUGUUUUGAAACCAGUAGAUUAUAACAAUUAAACCUUUGAAAAUGUUAUAGAUUUUAAUACAGUUCAGAUACCACAGAUGGAUGCAACAUUUCAAAGUAUUCCUUCCACCAUAUUUAGUUUUAAACAUUUAUUUUGUUUCACUUCAUCCCACAAAAUGGUCAUUUUCAAUGGAAGGAACUUGAGCUGUGACCUGAGGUGUUAAAUGUACUGGGGUGAUUGAAUGAUGGAUGCUGAGCUUGAAGUGAAUGACUGUAACCAGAGAUCUCCCUGGCAGGAAGGGAAUCCUGUCUACAAGCUUUUAACAGGGAGAGAAAUUAGACCUGUCUUUCAUCACUGCAUUCAUCAAAGAAUGUACUGUUUGCACACAAUAGGUUUGAGCUGAAAUAUGUCUAACAAUCACAGUACUUGUAGGUGUGUUGUACAGAGGUGAACAGUUAUGUAUGUUUUAUAUUUAUACAUACUUUAUCACAAAUAAAUUUCUACAAACUU